CUCCGUGCUUGCUUAGUUCUCAGUGUUGCUCAGUGAUUCCUGAGUGGUUCUUCAUACUGCGAAGUUCACAAGAAUUGUGGCGCACACUCUCCGGGCGCAACAGCAGAGAUCAGAGAGAGGCAAAUUUGUUAUCUGCGAAUAACCUCACCAAAAUUCACGAAAACUAAAACUUAAAAAGCCAUUUACCAACGAUUUGGAAUAUGCUAAGGAGUUACUAUAUUCUAACUCGUUGCCAUUUACUCUUCUUCGAUUGUGUUUGAACCCUAUUUUGUAUACUCCCUUCUUUUUCAUGAACCCUUCGAAUGCAGCUGAUUACCGGGUAACCAACAUUACUUUCCGUAAUCUGUACUGUUAUGAAGUUUUUCAAGACAAUAUUUAUAACAUGUUACUCUCAUUUCUAAAUCAAAGAUUGCGAAAAAUUAAUACAUGAUAAUAAAUGGUAAAAAAAAUAUGCUUUUCCUUGAGGGUGUUGUUUCUAUCCAAACGUUCCGUGUGUUGGCAACGAAGAAACCUAUAGUGCACUGGUGCACUGAACGACUUGUCAAAAGUAUUUGAGAUGCACCUGUCAUUUAUUGGGGAUCUUUACAUUUUUGUGUACAAAUGUAUAUAUAUAUGAUGGAGAUAAAUAAGAAUAUGGUAUUCACAGAGAAAAAACUAAAAGAUUCUGACGAGGUGUUUUAAUCAAGAGAAAAUACAAUUCUUUGAAAGCUCCAUGUUUUUUAGAUACGAACAUAACAAUAUGGAUGAAACUACUCCUUUGAUGAUAAGACCUCAGCAGGGUCCACAAACUGGCCAAUUACCAUGGGAUCCUCGACGAAGUUGCAUUGCUGGUGUUCUAGUGCUCAUCACAUUGACAUUAGAGCGGCUAGCAUUCUAUGCUUUAGUUGCAAACCUUUUCCUGUUUUUGAGCUUAGGACGAUGGUCUCCUGAUUCUGGAAUGACUGCGGUGUUACUGUUGGUUGGAGUUGCUCAUUUCUCAGCCCUGGGAGGCGGCUGGUUGGCUGAUGCAUGGAUUGGCCGAUACUGGGCUCUUGUAGCAGGACUUUCUUUGUAUGUUGUGGGAUUUUCUUUGCUGACCGCUGCUGCUGCAGGGGUUCUAUGCAACCCUGCAAAUUCUACCAGUCCAUUUUGUGUGACUGAAAUGUAUGCUAUUAUUAUUUGUGUUGGCUUUGCUGCUGGAACUGUGAGGGCCAAUUUUCCUUCUUUUGGUGCAGAACAGGUCAAAUAUGGAGGUACAGAUUCUUUACGUCGCUUUUUCAACUGGUACUACUGGUGUGUAAAUAUUGGUAGUUUACUGGGUGUUGGAGCCCUGUCUUACGUUGCAUUGGAUAUGCCCAAUGGAUUUUUACGUGCAUUUGCUGGUACCUGUGGUUGUUUAAUAGUCGCAUUGAUACUUUUUGCGUGUGGUCGACCUUAUUAUCUGGUGCAUCGGCCUGCUGGUUCAGUUCUUAUGAAUAUUCUGUGUAUUCUCCGUGAGGCAAUUUCUGGACGUUGCCAUCUGCGUCGUCAGACAAGCAUUCAGAGUUCACCUCUCAUUGAACGAAGAUCACAGCGACCAGUGACAUCUCCAUCAUGGCUUGAUUAUGCAAAGAUCAGGUAUGGAGGUUCUCACCAUGAUGCAGCUGUAGAAGAUGUGAAGAAGCUGGGCAUUGUAUUAUUAUUGUUUACUAGCCUCCUACCAUAUUGGCUCGUUUUCUUCCAGAUUGAAACUGGAUUUCAAGAACAAGGAGUACACUUGAAAAUAGGCUUUGAGAAAAACUUUAAUAUGCCCACCGCUUGGCUUAGUUUAUUUGAUCAAAUAUUUAUUUUGGCACUUAUUCCUGUGAUGAACAGUGUAAUAUAUCCUUAUUUUGAUCGCCAUGGUUAUCGGGAACCGAGUAACACAAGUGAUACAUAAUGUCACAUACAAUGCAAGUGAUAUGUCUUUGCUCUGGCAAGUACCUCAGUAUUGCCUUGUUGGGACGGCAGAAGUGUUUGCAGGAGUUGCAGGUCUCGAGUUUGCUUAUUCAGCUGCUCCCCGUCCCUUGCAAGGUGUGGCAAUGGGCAUGUUUUCUGCUAUGGAAGGAAUUGGAUCAUUAUUAGGAACAGCUUUGAUAUCUGCUUUGAGCCCCACUUGGAUACGCAAAGAUUCACAACAUUUCCAGGGACAUCUGGACUACUAUUUCUUCCUUUUGGCUGGCAUCCAAGGUUGGGCUUUAGCCAUUUUUACAUUAUGGCUGCUAGUGAAACGUGUACGUGAAAUGAAUUCUACUCCUACUCCACCUCCGGAACCAGCACCAGUAUCUUAGGAAAAGGCUAAUCCUUUCUUUGCAGGAAAAAGAAUCUCAAUUAUUAAAAGAGGAGAGUAAGCCUUCUUAUAUUCAGAAUUUGUCAUUUUCUGCUGUCAUUCUAAUCCACUCCUUUUGUGUGGUUGUUUCCAUGAUGUACUUAUGUGUAAGGCAUUCUCUUGAAACUAAACCAAAGAUCAUAUCAUAAGAUCUUCCUUCUUUCUCUCAGUGAGAUAGAAAGCACUUGCAUAUAUACAUAUAUUUUCUUGUAGCAACACAGAAUCUAAGAAUUUAUGCUAUUAUUCAUGUAAAUAAGGUGCAGAAAACAUGAAUUAGUUUAAACAAUAUCUUUGAGCAAACCAAAUAGUAAUGGGAAUGCAUUUUUAAUAAAAAUAUAAGGAGAAAACAGAUGUUGAAAGGUAAGCAGUAGAUUUCUUAUUAAGUAAAUACAUGUUGCCAACUUGACAUUACAAAACAGAAUGUGCAAUAGAUUCAAGUUUAUAAAACUGCUGCACUAAUAAAAACAAAUAGGACAGAAAAACUAGCAACUAGAUGAAAAUUAUGUUUUUGUGAUUCUUCAUAAAAUUUAAGACUUAUUAUAUUCACUUACAAUAAAUUAGAUUUGUUUAAAAAUUUUGUCUCAAAUGAAAUUGAUAGAAACAUGACAUACCUUUCUGCAAGGAAUCAUUUUUUGUAGCAGUGUUAAAUUGUAUGAGAUAAGAGAUUGCCGAGAAAUUGAUUGAUUGACGAGGCAUGAUUUUAACUUGACAGAUUAUACAGUAUUGUGUAAAUUGACUGAUAACUUAUAACUAAAAUCAAUACUACCUAUAAUAAAAUGGUAAAUGCAAGUGAAAAUAAAUCAUACUAGUAAAUCUUACAAUAUGUUGGGUGUUGUACUGUGUUCAUUAAAUUUACUUGACAGUUCUCUUAAUUUCAUUUUGUAUAAUAAAAAUAUUUUAGAAUACCUCUCCAUGUGUAUGUGUAUAUAUAUAUAUACUUAAUUUAUGCUGAUAAAUAGUAGUACUUAAACAUAUUGCUUUGAGCUGCUCACUGCGAGUAGUUUACAGUAAUGCAUUUGUUACAGCCUUAAUGUUACUAUAUAUCAAGAAACAGUCAGUUUGUUUCUAGAAAACCUGUGUUGACUUCUAAGAGCAUGUAUAAGUCAAAUAGCACUACAUGUUAGUGUUUUAGUAUAUGUGUACUGUGAUCUUAAGUUAAAGUACCUUGUGCUUGCAGAUAAGGCUUACAAUACUCAGUAAUGUGAUAUUUUCAAAUGAAGGAGUAAACCAGUGAAAUAUAUGUAUGUAUGUAUGUAUAUAUAAGUAAGUAAGAAGAAAUUAUAUUGCAAUUAUGUUUGCAUUAUUGUUGAUGUAUAUUUUAGUUGCUAAUGUAUCCUACAAAAGUUUCUUUUAAAUGAACAAAGUUUUAUAUUUUUAGGAUUAUUUAAAUUGUUUAUAUUUUUUCUACAUUGUAGAAUGCUUCGUUUUUAAAGAAAUACUUAAUAUAAAUAUUUGUGUGGGCAGCAUUUAUAUAUUCAUUUCUUUUGCAUCUUAAUGCAUUACCUACCUGAGAAAUUGAAUCAGUAAAAUAAUCUGAAUCCUUUAAAGGCAGGUCAGUUACCCUUCUUUUUGUCAAUCAGGAUUACACUAUUAAAACUCCUUUUGUGACUGAAUCAAUAAAGUGUAUUGCCUU